CCUCGGGCCGAGGAGGCGGGCGGCAGGUGCUGGCCGUGGGGCGCUGCGCUCUGCUGCCGCCCCCCUUCCGCUCUGCCCCCGGCCCGGCCGCUGGGGCGCUGCGCGCACGGGGCCGCCGCCGCCGCCGAGGGUGGACCGCCCGCGGCUCAGGUGCUGCCGCCGUACAGGAAAUAUGGGGUCUGAAAACCCGAGUCCGCAGAACCCUGGCUGUAAGAUCAUGACCUUUCGUCCCACCCUCGAGGAGUUUCGGGACUUCGGGAAGUACAUUGCUUACAUUGAAUCUCAAGGAGCUCACCGAGCAGGGCUUGCCAAGGUGAUCCCUCCCAAGGAAUGGAAGCCACGAAAAACCUAUGAUGACAUAGAUGAUAUGGUUAUCCCAGCUCCCAUUCAGCAGGUGGUUACUGGCCAGUCGGGGUUAUUCACCCAGUAUAACAUACAGAAGAAACCUAUGACUGUGGGAGAGUACCGGCGUCUGGCUAAUAGUGAGAAGUAUUGUACUCCACGCCAUCAAGAUUUUGAAGACUUGGAGCGCAAGUACUGGAAGAAUCUCACGUUUGUCUCACCAAUUUAUGGGGCUGAUAUCAGCGGCUCACUAUAUGACGCAGAUGUGGAAGAAUGGAAUAUUGGCAAUCUGAACACCCUCUUAGACAUGGUGGAACAUGAGUGUGGUAUUAUUAUAGAAGGUGUAAACACUCCGUACCUCUACUUCGGGAUGUGGAAGACAACGUUUGCUUGGCAUACAGAGGACAUGGAUCUCUACAGUAUCAACUACUUGCAUUUUGGGGAGCCAAAAUCCUGGUAUGCUAUUCCUCCAGAACACGGCAAAAGGUUGGAACGCCUGGCGAAAGGAUUUUUUCCUGGAAGCUCUCAGGGAUGCGAUGCUUUCCUCCGUCACAAGAUGACCCUCAUUUCGCCCUCGAUCUUGAAGAAGUACGGCAUUCCUUUUGACCGGAUCACCCAGGAAGCUGGAGAGUUCAUGAUUACGUUUCCUUACGGUUACCAUGCUGGCUUCAAUCACGGCUUCAACUGUGCCGAGUCUACCAACUUUGCCACUUUGCGGUGGAUCGACUAUGGAAAAAUGGCAACCCAAUGUACUUGCCGCAAAGACAUGGUGAAGAUUUCCAUGGAUGUCUUUGUGAGGGUUCUGCAACCAGAACGUUACGAUUUAUGGAAACAAGGAAAAGAUAUUGCUGUCCUGGACCAUAUGAAACCCACGGCUCUGACUAGCCCAGAACUAGAUGCCUGGAAUGAGACGAAGGCAGAAUUGAAGGCCAAAUUGCUUCGCAGGUCUCACAGAAAAAGAAGUCAGCCCAGAAGACACAAAACAGAGGAUCAGAAGUCUCUUGGGGAUGUCAUGGCUAUUGAAACUGCCUUGGAAGAUGUGAAAGUAAAAGAGGAACUGAAAAGGGGGCCAGAUCUAGAGGAAGAAGAGAGAAGCAAAGCGAUUGAGGGAGAAGGUGAUGGCAAAGUAAAGGCCCGUCCUCCGAAAGUAAAAGGUGAGAGGAAGAAGAAGCACCUUUUCCAUCAACACCAGCACCAUCUGCAAGCACCGCAGCCUCAGCAGCAGCAGCCACCCCUGCCACCGGCACCGCAGCAGCAGCUGGCAGAGGAAGAGGCACCAGCAGCACGGCCACCAGUACCCACAGCAGUACCCACAUCGUCCACAGCAGAAAAGAGCUUGCCCCCGGCUCCCCUGAACAUUAUCCAUCCCUCGGAGACGCCGGUAGAGGAAGAUGACUUUAAGCCUCGGCCUAUCAUUCCCAUGCUUUAUGUGGUUCCACGGACCAAAAAGGUGGUGUUUGACAAGGAGCGCAUGUCCUGCCAGCAGGCGUUUGAGCAGUUUGCGACACAAAAAAGUCCAGGUUGGCGGGAACAGACGGUCCCUUUGGAAAUCCCUGUGAAGGAGGAGGAGAAUGCGGAAGCAGGAAAUACAGAGAUUGCUACAGAGACCGCUGCUUUUUCAAAAAUGAAGAUGGAGAUAAAGAAAAGUCGUCGUCAUCCACUGGGCAAACCACCCACCCGCUCCCCAUUGUCAGUUGUUAAACAGGAGACCUCGAGUGACGAGGAAAUGUUUCCAUUUUCUGGGGAGGAAGAUAUGAGCGACCCAGAGGCUUUGAAAUCUUUACUCUCCCUUCAGUGGAAGAAUAAAGCACAUAAUUUCCCAGCUGAAAGAAAAUUCAAUGCAGCUGCUGCACUGAGUGAGCCAUACUGUGCUGUCUGUACCCUCUUCUACCCAUAUAACCAGUCUUUACAGGUGGACAAAGAAGCUGCCCCUGUCUCUGUAGGGGAGACCACCUCCUUCGUCCACCUUUCUAAGUGCGGACAAAAGACCAAGCCUCUGAUCCCAGAGAUGUGCUUUACCUCAAGUGGAGAAAACACAGAGCCCCUUCCUUCAAAUUCAUAUAUUGGAGAAGAUGGAACCAGUCCCUUGAUAUCCUGUGCCAAAUGCUGCCUGCAGGUUCAUGCUAGCUGUUAUGGAAUACGUCCAGACUUGGUGAAUGAAAGCUGGUCUUGCUCACGGUGCUCAGCCAACGCAUGGGCAGCGGAAUGCUGCCUGUGUAAUCUCAGGGGAGGAGCUCUUCAGAUGACCACUGAUGGGCGGUGGAUCCAUAUAAUCUGUGCUAUUGCUGUCCCUGAGGCCCGUUUUCUCAAUGUAAUAGAGCGUCAUCCUGUGGAUAUCAGUGCUAUUCCAGAGCAGAGAUGGAAACUGAAAUGCGUGUACUGUCGGAAGCGGAUGAAGAAAGUGCCUGGUGCCUGCAUCCAGUGCUCCUAUGAGCACUGCUCCACUUCCUUCCACGUGACCUGUGCGCACGCCGCUGGUGUACCCAUGGAGCCGGAUGACUGGCCCUACGUUGUGUCCAUCACUUGCUUCAAACACAAAGCAGCUAACCAGAAUAUUCAGUUUCGAAGGGAAGUGACCCUUGGACAGACUGUGAUCACAAAGAACCGGAAUGGACUCUACUACAGAUGUAAAGUGAUUGGCACGACAACACAGACUUUCUAUGAAGUAAACUUUGAUGAUGGUUCAUACAGUGACAACGUUUACCCGGAAAGCAUUAUUAGCAGAGACUGCAUCCGAAUGGGACCGCCUCCAGAGGGUGAGAUGGUUCAACUGCAGUGGACAGAUGGAAUCGUCUAUAAGGCCAAGUUUAUUGCAGCCCAGAUCAGUCAGAUUUAUCAGGUCGAGUUUGAAGAUGGUUCCCAGCUAAUGGUAAAGCGUGGUGAUAUUUAUACCUUGGAGGAAGAGCUUCCAAAGAGAGUGAAGUCUCGCCUGUCCCUCAGCACUGGGGCCCCUCAGGAAGAUGUAUUUUCGGGAGAUGAAGUGAGAGCAGCCAAGCGCCCCCGGCUGGGGAAUUCAAGAAAUCCUGAAGAAUAUGGACAAAACCAAGAUUACUUGGCCUUUAUGGAGAGCCUGUUGCAGACACAGUACCAACCUGGAACUCAGAGCAACAUGUUUUAACCAGGAUUAAUUAAAUACAAAGUUAACCCUUUUCAAGCCAGCGAGGAAAAGAAAAAAUCAACAACAAAAAACAGAAAACUGUGGAAUAGAAGACCAGCGUUGUGCAAUAGUCUGCUGUGAAUUCCUUUCAUCUUCUUCUGGUUUAGACUGCAAGAAAAUUCUGUCUGGCUGCACGCUACCUCUACUUUGCCAGACGUUGCUGACCGAUAGGAGCUUGAAAAACUUUCUGACAGCAUUUCACAUGGAGACUCGGCAAGAGUUUGUACUAACAGAGCUUUGUGACUGGCUCCUUUCUGUAAGGCUUGGAAAGGGUUAAAAUUUGAUAAAAUGACUUUUUAAAAUAUGUCAAACUCUUUUGUCUUUAAAGGUGCUAUUACAUUGACUACUGAAGCAGCCUUUGGAAUUGUGUUUUCUGUACAUAGAAGUCACCUUUGUGAAGUUUUCUAUAAAUAAGCAUUAUUAAAAAAAAAAAGCAAACAAAAAUAGGAAAAUGAAAGUUUCCACAAAACAUUUUUCUAGAUUAUGGCUUUAAAACUGAAAAUAAAAUCCUCCCCUCUCACCCCCAAAUGAAAUGUGACUAAUAUUACAGUGGGGAGAGAGAAAGCAAGCGCAGAUGUCCUGGAGAGUUCUGGGUUCUUUUUUGUAAAGAAACACUAUCUUCUUUGUAAUCUGGGGAAGAUGGGGAAAGAAAUGUUUCAUGGCUGGGAUGUUUCUUACAGUUAAUUCUCUUAAAGGACAUGUGAUAGAUGUGUGCAUUUCUGCCAUGUCACCAGGAAGGGACUUAGUGAAACAAUGGCCAGGUUCUGGUCAUUCUUGUCAUCUUCCUUCCCCAUCUUUGCCAUCUAAGUUGCUUUCUACUUUAAAAAAAAAUAAAAAAAAAAUCAGCAUGGCUUUCAGUUACAAUACGCCACUCGGUUUUGGCAAGUGUUCUGUUGCUGCUUCUUGUGUUAGUUCCUUUACGAGCCAUCCCCUUCCCCACUGCAGACUAGAGCAUAAAGGGAUUGUUCUAGCUCUCUGGUAGGCAUGUCUCCCAUAGGAACCUUUUCUUUCUUUGUCUCCAUUUUUUUGAGUUGUGCUCCUUACAGUUGUGAGAAUCAUUCCAUGACAGAAGCCUGGGAGGUGUUUGUAUGUUUUUCUUUUAUCCUAUUAAAGAAGAAAUUCCCCAAACAUCUUUGAUUGUUGUGACAUCCUUUACUUAAGUAAAGACUGAGCCUUUGAGAUACUCCUGGGAAGAGGAACGCAAGCCCUUCUUUUGAUUGGACUCAGUUCGCUGAGAACUGAACAAGCAUUAAAGGCAAAAACAAAUCCUCAAGUACUGAGUGGGCAGCUCCCACCUGAACACUUGAAAAUCACCUCCGGUCAAAGAGCUGUUAUGGAACAGUAUUUCCUAAAGAGCCUAGUCCUAAACCCUACUGAAGUCACUGGAAAGUCUUCCACUCUCCUUGGAGGACCUCUGUAGAAGGAAAGAGGACUGCAGAAAGAGAACUGCAGCCCUAGUGCAGAGCUGGGGACGGGACGUGGCCUCCAGAAAGUCUGGGUGAAGGGGGGCACGGGGGCACCAUGCCACUCGCCCAGAUGACUUGGCCUGGCAGAGGCCACGGUGAGACAGUAGAGCUAUCCGGAACGCUGCACGGCAAUCUUUUCCACUUAAUUCCCUGAAAUUACUGGCCAGAAAGAGACAAUAUUCUUUUUUUUUUUUUUUUUUUUUAAGUCCCAUUAGCAAGGUGGUCAUUGUUCUGUGGAGAGGUUUUUGAGCAAGGCUAUAGCUGGAUCUUGCAGGGAAUAAGUGGGAAGGAUUUGUGGGCUAGCAGAUGGUAGAUUAGCAUCUUAAAAGACUCGAUGGGUAUUAAACUGUCCUAGUGAAAGAGUGGAGAUAGAAUGAAGCAACUUUUUAAUUUUUUAUUUUAUUUUAUUGGGUUUUGUUCUCCCUGGAGAGAAUUGGAGUUCCCUUUAUUUCUUCCUGCCUCUGCUACGGGUUAUUUUCUCUGUGUGUUUGUGUCGGCGCGUGUGCACGCGUGUGUGUUUGUAAGAAGUUUGAAACAGGGUUUUUUUAUUUCUGAGAUACUGACGUUUUCAAUGGAUGUCUCCAAGAAUAAAAUCAAGCUGAGACUAAUAAAAGUUUU